AUGAGCGGUAAGGAAGCGUGGAAGCCCUUUGUGCGGUUCGAGUACCAGAAGCUGCUGCCUGAAGCACUGCGGAACAAGCUCCGCAAGGUGUUGGUCUUCACGGAGGCCACGGGUACCAAGCAAGUGAACCAGUCGCCGGCCAUGUCGCAGGGUUACCGCUACCCGUCCCCUGACAAGCAGGCCGAGGGCGUGUUCGUGCCAACGUCCGACUCCAAGGACAGUGUCUACAACAUCCAGUACUACACGCGCGACGUUCGCAGCUUGUCGUACCCCGUGCAAGUCGGCAUGCACCCAUCGCUUCCCACUGAGAAGCGUGCCGAGAUCCCAGCUGACGCGAAACGCGGCUCGCCUGGCAACAAGAACCCAGCUGUGCUGAGCUACGACCCCUCGGGCACGCGCUCGGCCAUGACGACGACCCACGAAGCUCGGGACAAGCUCAUCAUGCAGCACGCGUCGACGCACAAUGUGCGCUUUGAGUGGGAGGGCGACGCGGAGAAGGACAUUGUCGAGAGCAACGAGGCCAAGAACCUGCCACCAACGCCCGGCCGCCCCUUCGUCUGGAACAUGCCCGCGCAGAGCCGCGUCAUGCGCUGGUAA